GACUGGUUGGCAGACGACUAGACGAAUCAACAACUUGAAGGGAAGAGGAGGAUUAAAGAGUAAUCUGACUCAGUUUUAAAAGAGAGGCGUUACUUCAGUGACAAUCUUUCAUCGAAUUUUGACGUCUUAACCGCUAUACAUGUCAUAUGAGCAGGAAGAUGAAGAUCAUUAUGGUCCGGGUUACGAAGUGGGAUCAUACACCAAAGACUAUAAUGAUGGUCCAUACGAUGGAGAAAGUGAUUUGAACGUAAAUUCCAAUCCAGAAGGAAAGCCUAGGAUUUUGCUGAUGGGGCUUAGGCGGUCUGGAAAAUCAUCCAUACAAAAAGUUGUUUUCCAUAAGAUGUCCCCUAAUGAGACACUAUUUCUGGAGAGCACAAACAAAAUAGUGAAAGAUGAAAUCUCAAAUUCAUCAUUUGUGCAGUUUCAAAUCUGGGACUUUCCAGGACAAGUUGAUUUUUUUGAUCCAAAUUUUGACUGUGAAAUGAUAUUUGGCGGUUGUGGAGCCCUUGUAUUUGUAAUAGACGCACAGGAUGACUAUAUUGAUGCUUUAAUGAAGCUAAAUCUCACUGUGACACGCGCCUACAAAGUGAACCCCAAUAUUCGUUUUGAAGUGUUUAUACACAAAGUUGAUGGUCUUUCAGAUGAUCACAAAAUUGAAGCACAACGCGAUAUUCACCAAAGAGCGAACGAUGAACUGAUGGAGGAAGGCUUUGACUCAGUUAAUUUGAGUUUCUAUUUGACUUCCAUUUAUGAUCAUAGCAUAUUUGAAGCAUUUAGUAAAGUGGUUCAAAAACUCAUCCCACAACUACCUACCUUGGAGAACUUGCUCAACAUAUUUGUUUCGAAUUCGGGGAUUGAGAAAGCAUUUCUCUUCGACGUCGUUUCCAAGAUUUAUAUUGCCACUGACUCUUCACCAGUCGACAUGCAAAGCUACGAGUUAUGUUGCGACAUGAUAGAUGUUGUCGUUGACAUCUCAUGCAUUUAUGGGACAAAGGAUGCCGAUGGUGCUGCAUUUGAUCAUCAGAGUCUAAGUCUCAUUAAAUUAAACAAUUCAACAAUCCUUUACCUGCGGGAAGUAAACCGAUUUUUGGCUUUGGUUUGCAUCUUAAGAGAAGAUCACUUUGCUCGUCAAGGAUUAAUCGAUUACAACUUCGUUUGUUUCCGAAACGCCAUCCAAGAAGUAUUUGAAGUGCGUAUGCAAGUACAACAAGCAAGCAACACUAACCCGGGCGCAGGUUCUUACAAAAAAAAUCUCCUCCAGACGUUCAUCACCGAUUCGAAUGAAGCUCUAGAUUUAAAGUUAGUACGAGAACCUUCUGAUGUUGAGAAUGAUGAAACUACUUUCAAGCCAGAAAUGUCUCAUCAGAUCUUUGGGGAAAAUGAAAGCAUAUUUGGAUACCAAAACCUCAAAAUUAGUUUGUACUACACCGCAGGAAAGCUGAACACUUACCUAGGAAUGACAUACAAAGCAGAAGUGGAUCCAAAGCAAUUUGAUGGGGCAAUAGCUGAUGAUGUUAUGGGAGCUAUUUCUGCCAAGUUACCACCAGGUUACAUGACCAACCUUGAUGACUUUGUUGCUACACUCAAUAAGGAGCAGACCUUCAAACCUUUUGGUGAACUACUUUCAACAUACUCAAUCAAUAAAGUUCCAUCAUUAGGUUCAGUGACGGAAAGACAUUUUCAGUUGUACAGCUGUACGAUCGAGGAACCUGGUUUCCGGUCAUAUCAUGAACGUUUACAAACUUUCCUGUUGUGGUAUGUUGAUGCUGCUAGCUUUAUCGAUGUUGAUGACGACCGAUGGCGCUUUUAUUUAAUAUUUGAAAAAUACCCUUGCGAAAGUGGUCAUCGAUAUGCUAUUUGUGGAUAUGCUACAGUUUACCUUUACUUCGCCUACCCGAACAAAACUCGACCUCGCAUUAGCCAGUUUUUGGUUUUGCCGCCGUUUCAACGGUUGGGUCUCGGAGCGGAACUUCUAAACGUUAUUUAUCGCACCUUCUUGAAGGAUUCUAACAUACUGGAUAUUACAGUCGAAGACCCUUCUGAAGAGUUCACUCGUCUUCGUGAUUUCGUUGAUGCGCAAAAUUGCAAAAAAUUGCCGUCCUUCUCAAAAGAAAAAUUGCAUCGAGGAUUUAAUGCUGAAAUGGUGGACGAAGCUCAAAGAGACCUGAAAAUUAAUAAAAAACAAGCGAGGAGAGUAUAUGAAAUUCUUCGUUUCCAAGCUACUAAUCUCGCCGAUCUUGAAGAGUAUCGCGCUUACCGCCUAGAUGUAAAGCGUCGCCUGAACAUUCCUUAUCAGAAAGAAGCAUCAGAUUACAAGAAGUUGCAGAAAGCUCUCAACCCAGAAGAACUACGCUCCACUCUAUCUACAUCGACAAAAGAGCAACGGAUUGAAAAUCUAGACAAACAGUAUCAAACCCUAGAGAACGAGUACAGGCAUACUCUGGAACGGCUUGCAGCAACGCAAUAAACGUCACUCGAUGUCUUGUACAUGCUGCACGAAUAAAAGGUUUCUUAAG